AUGCUGAUAUACUGUGGAGGAUAUUGGAAGGUGAGUGGGAGUUGCUUGGAUUCCGAGAGAAAAGCUCUCACCACUUUUCGGAAGGCUCUCGACGACCGCUACAAUAUUCUCCCUUCAUGGGAUGAUGAAGCCUCAGACUGCUGCAAAUGGAGAGGAAUUACCUGCCACAACAUAACUGGGUAUGUUCUUAAACUCGACCUCAACAAUUAUGAUUACGAUUCCGGUCUAAGUGGCAGAAUUGAUCCAGCUGUGGUUGAACUGAAGCAUCUUCAGUUGUUGGACUUGAGCUACAAUGCUUUUUAUGGUAUCCCAAUUCCAGAGUUUUUGGGUUCCAUGAAGGAGUUGAGGCAUUUGAACUUGUCAGAUGCAGGGUUCAGUGGGAGAAUCCCUCAUCAGCUUGGAAACCUCUCUCACCUCAUUUCCUUGAAGCUUUCUUCAUUUUCUUUGAGUGCCAAAAACCUGUGGUGGUUGACAAGCCUACCUUCUCUAAAGUACCUCGACAUGUCUUAUGUGAACCUUUCCAUGGCAAGCCAUGAUUGGGUCCACGUAAUGAACAAGUGUCCUUCCCUCGUUGAGCUACGCCUACCAUAUUGUUGUCUUUCAUUUAUAUCUCCAACUCUUGCUUCUGUUAAUUUCACAUCUCUUCGUGUCCUUGAUCUUGAUGGGAACGAAUUCAACUCUAGAAUUCCAAAGUGGAUAGGUAACAUUAGCAGCCUUGUGUCUUUAAAUCUCUCAUAUAAUAAUUUUGAUGGUCCAGUUCCUUACCUAUUUUCACAACUUGCCAACUUGGAAGAGUUGCGUCUGGGAGACUAUUCUCUAAGUGCUAAACUCAGUACUAACAUUUCACAACUCCUUGAAGGCAGGUGGAGUAGGAUCAAGCUACUUGAUCUGUCUUUGAGUAAUAUGUUUGGAGGAAUCCCCAAUUCUAUUGGAAAUAUUACCUCACUUGUGGAUCUUGAAUUGGCAUUCAAUGAGAACACAAGAGGUAGCAUUCCAAGAGCAAUAGCUAAGCUUGUUAAUUUAGAGAUCUUGUUCUUACGUGGAUAUCAUAUGCAUGCAACCAUUCCUGAUUGGUUAGAUGAGCUCAAAAAUCUUAAAAUGCUUAUUCUUGUCAAUUGCAUGUUGACAGGCCCAAUCCCUGCAGCUCUUGGAGGAUUGUCUUCCUUAGAACUAUUGUUUCUCCGUGAGAAUCAGUUGAAUGGGACAAUUCCAACAAAUUUAGGACAACUUUCUAACUUGUCUUGGCUUGACCUCUCUAACAACUCUUUGACAGAAAACGUGUCUGAAACUCAUUUUCAAAACCUCAAAAAUUUGUUUUACUUAGAUUUGUCUUUUAAUUCUUUGGCUUUCAAUCUACACCCUCAUUGGGUCCCUCCAUUUCAGCUUUCUUACAUUGGUCUAGGAUCAUGUCAUUUAGGUCCUCGGUUUCCUCCCUGGCUACAAACGCAAAAACACAUAGAGUACUUGGAUCUCUCUAACACAGCCAUCUCUGACAUCAUCCCCACCUGGUUUUGGGAUUUAAGACCCCAACUUUAUUUACUGAACCUCUCAAAUAACCAGAUUUCUGGCCAAUUGCCCAACUCUUUAAAAAUGGAUUCUCUGUUGUUCGUGGAUAUUGAUUUGAGUUCAAAUAAUUUCAGUGGUCCCAUACCUUGCUCAUUGAAUGGAUCAGUUCGAGUACUUGAUCUCUCCAACAAUCAAUUUUCUGGGCCAAUCCCACCCAAUUUUACAUCCACAAUGAAUGUUUUAGAAGUCUUUUCUGCCAGAGGUAAUCAAAUCGGUGGCAUAAUUCCCUCAUCCAUAGGCAAAAUGAAGUUUCUUGUUGUCCUUGAUCUUUCCCAAAACAAUAUAAGUGGCACCAUCCCAUUAAGAUUGGGUGAUUGUGUAGACCUCAUAGCACUUGAUUUGAGCAAGAACCAUUUAUCAGGAAGAAUUCCCACAUCUUUGGGUCUGCUACAUCAACUUCAAACAAUGCACUUGAGCAACAAUAGCCUAUCAGGAAAAGUCCUUUCAUCUUUGAAGAAAUGUACUCAUUUGGUGACUCUCGACCUUGGACAAAACAAUUUCUCAGGUCAUAUUCCCACUUGGAUUGGCAAAAGCUUUCUGGCUUUAAGAAUUCUAAAUUUACGAUCCAACAUGUUUACUGGCAACAUUCCGCCACAAUUGUUAAAUAUAACUUCUCUUCAAGUUCUUGAUUUGGCACAAAAUUGCUUAUCUGGUUCAAUUCCUCAAAGUCUUCAUGAUCUCACGGCUAUGAAGAAUGAGCAGAAGAUGAACCACUUUCUUUUGAAUGGAACAGGAUCUUAUUAA